AUGACGGCUGUCGACAUAAAAAGCGAUUUCGGAUAUACUGAAGUUGCCGUCGAAGAUCUCUGCAGGACAUCAUACAUGUACGCGGAUGAAGAUGAUGAUGAUAUCAUUUGCUUGGACAGCGAUGUUCUUCCGCCUUCAUCUUCACCGCCGAGCCAGGAUGCUUCCCCUCCAGAACAGCCGAAGCUGUCUAGGCUCCUGCUACAGAUUGUACGGUUGCAUCUGAGUGAGCAAUGUAUAUCUCCUGGAUGCUCAGCAAUUAUGGAAGAAACACAAAACCUCCGGAGGAAGAUGGCUAUGUUGGAGGAGCUAAGCUCGCGGCUACGCCGAGUGUGCACCACCCAGAAGUCUGAUAUUGCAAGACUUAAUGAAGAGACUGAAAAGCAGAGAAGGAAGAUAGCAGUGAUGGAAGGCGUCAUUAAAAAGCAAAGUGACACUAUUCGUGACGCCGAAGCUCAAAUAGCUUUUCUUCAGCGUACCGCGAGACCGCUGGCUGCGAAGCAAUCCAAUUAUUCUCAACAGAAAAUUGCGACUAAUUCUCAGAUUAUGAAUCGCCCAUUUCACAACAUUCCACGUCCACAGCUUCCAGUUGUGGUACAGAGAAGAGUCCGUAGUGAAGCAAACCUUCCAAAUCUCGGUGGUGGCAGACCGUCACUCGCCAAUGGUGCCAGGGAGCAUGCUGCUCAAACUCCUGUGCGUCCUAAUGGAGUGGCUCAAACCCCUACGCGCACACCUCAAACUACACCUACUCUUUCACGGAUGCUGCAAACUCCAUCACGCACACCUCAAACCCCUUCAAAUCUUUCACGGAUGCCUCAGACUCCUCACAAUACAUCAACACCUCGGACACCCGCGAAUGUGCCUCUGAAGUCCAGUCGUGUGAAAAUAGAAGUGCCUUUUGCAAACGAGAAGUCACUUAUCAACUUCGAUGCACCUAUAGAG